AUGCGUUUCCACGAGAAAUUAGGUCAUGUCUUGACAUGGACAACACUGGUCAAGGCCCUGCCAUCGACAUCCGGAUAUACCAAUGAGCCCUCAUGUCGUUUCGCGCAUCACUAUUCCCAAAAGCAGGUUCUCCAUGAUCCUACUUCCUUCAUCAAUGACAUGCUGUAUUGGGAGGGCAAAUUCCAUCAGAACAACAUCUCAUACAACAGCAACAACGGCAUCUCCUAUGAUGGCACCAACAUCGACUGGGUGACCGGGGAGGCAACAGACAGGCACACGUUCAGUGCCGCUAGCAAAGAGUCCCUUCAAAUCAUGCUGUAUACCCAUGCUGUUGCAGGCUCUCCAGAGGCUGCUCGGUUCCUCUCGCCUGAGAAUACAGCAGAAGCCCCCAAAAUUGCUGCUUCUAUCAUGCAAAAGAAGUUACAGACUUAUCUCAAAUUCAACGAGACUUACCCAGGCUUCGGAGGCUUCUUGCCCUGGGUCUCAGCGGAUACUCAAGAGAUAACUCCAAGAUCGGACUGGGUUAACCGCGUGCCUUCUCUUGAUAACGGUGAACUUGUAUGGGCUGUGUAUGGUUUCAUUCAAGCCCUUGAGAACACGGGUAAUAAGAACUAUCGGGAGCUCGCGCAGAAAUGGCAGGUUUGGAUGGACUACACUAAGACCACUGCUGCAAAGAUCUUUUACAAAGGUAAUGGCCGGGUUUGUGCCGUCAUUGAAAUGAAAGACCAGUCCCUCCCUGUCAACCACCCAGAUCAGUCGUAUCCAUGCGAGGGAAAGAAUCUACUCGACGAUCCUUUCGAAGGCGAGAUUUUUACUUUUUGGCUACAAUUCUUCGGCGGUCUAUCGAAAGCCGACAAGAAGGCUUUAUGGGAGAUCAAGAAACCUCAGCUGGUAAGCGUGGACUACGAAAUGGGAGAUUAUGGACCUAUCACUGUCCAAAAGGGAUUUUGGUUCUCCAGCCACGAAACCUGGAAAGUAAUGCAGAUGCCCUACUAUGACAUCGACAUUAUCCGCCGCGUAUUUAAGAACGCCGAGCGAGUUCGGACCUGCAACUCCGUCGCCACGAAAUUGCCUGGCAUGUUCGCUUCCAUUAACAACAUCACCGAUCCCUCCACUGGCGAUGUAACCGGCUAUAUCUCAAACGCCGGUAUCCCCUCCAUCUCGAACCAAACUGUCCAGGAACUAGACGUCAUUACGCCGUAUAGUGUAUUCCCGACAAUCUUGUUCGACAAGUCUGUCGGACUCGCCUGGUGGAGAAAUAUGGUUAUUAGCAAGAAAAUGCAGAAUAUCUAUGGCAGCACUGAAUCCACUCGCGUUGAUGGAACUGGAGUUUCUGCCCUUCUUACUUGGGACAGCAAGGUCACCACGGUAGUUGCAAUUUUGGGGGGAGUGACCGAUUUUGUUCGUCAGAAGAUGAAGGCAGAGAACGUAUAUGAUGAGUUUGUGGAUAUCAUUGAGGCUGAGUACUCUCGGGCCUUCAAGCAUCUUAAAGGGGAAAACGUCAAGUUCUGCCUCCCGCAGGAGACUGUUCCUGAUGUAGGGUUGGUCGAUUUCACUCUUUGCGAAUAG